CAAUCCCUUAGCAGACAACGGGGAGUGGGCGGGAUGCGUACGAGCAGGCCAGGGGCUCCCGCUCGCUCCACUUUCAGUUCUCGCGAGAUCUCUUCCCCCCCCCUUCGCUGGGUGACUGCGCAGCCGCCAUGUUGGUUGCUAUGCUGCCUGUGUGAGGAAGGAGGGAGGGAGGCCCUGAGGGAAAGAGGCUGCGGUUCCCCCCUUCUCCAGGCAGCGCUACACUCACCUCGGCAGAGAGCCUGCUCGCACGCCUGCUGCCUCCGCCCUCUCCUCCGGUUCACCCCCCCUCAGGAGGAGACCCCCCCCCCGAGUGUACGGGGGGGUCCUGUGCCCCUGCCCGUGGGCUCCCCUGCACUAGUGCCGCCCCCCAGCGGUUGUAGGCGGGGGGCAGAGGAGUGUCCGAAAGGGGGGGCGGGUGUCCGCCGCCUUCUCUCCGGCCCCCUCGGCCCAGUCGCCGCAGUACGAUGUGGUCCUCGCCGCUGCGGCUGGGAGCGGGGCGGCGGCUGCUGCUGCCCGUGCGGCGGCUGCUGCGGGGGAACUGAAGGCAGCGAGCGCGCCUGUGUGCGCGAGGGGGGUCGCGGGGCGGCAGCGACGAGCCGAGCCCGCGGGUCUCUCCUCAGCGCCCCUCUCGCCUUAUCUGGAAGGACGCGGCUGUUAUGUGAAGAGCUUGUGUGGAUAGUAAUGACCGCACGUUUCCGAUUGCCUGCUGGCAGAACCUACAAUGUACGAGCGUCUGAGCUGGCACGAGACAGACAACAUACAGAGGUGGUCUGCAAUAUUCUUCUCCUGGAUAACACUGUACAAGAUUUCAGAGUUCAUAAAAACGAUCAGGGACAAGUUUUGUUGGAUAUAGUGUUCAAACAUCUCGAUUUGACAGAGAGGGAUUACUUUGGUUUACAGCUGGCUGACGAUUCCACUGAUAACCCAAGGUGGCUGGAUCCAAACAAACCAAUCAGGAAACAAUUAAAAAAAAUGCUUUUGUUAAUUCUAGGAGGAUCUCCUUACAGUUUGAACUUCAGAGUCAAAUUUUUUGUGAGUGACCCUAACAAGCUCCAAGAAGAAUAUACAAGGUACCAAUAUUUUUUGCAAAUUAAACAAGACAUUCUUACUGGAAGAUUGCCCUGUCCUUAUAAUACUGCUGCUCUUUUGGCUUCCUAUGCUGUUCAAUCCGAAUUGGGAGACUACAACCAUUCAGAAAACUUGCCAGGCUACCUCUCAGACUACUCUUUCAUCCCUAGCCAGCCUCAAGACUUUGAAAAAGAAAUAGCAAAAUUACAUCAUCAGCAUAUAGGCUUGUCUCCUGCAGAAGCUGAGUUCAAUUAUCUUAAUACAGCACGUACCUUAGAACUCUAUGGAGUUGAAUUGCACUAUGCAAGAGAUCAAAGUAACAAUGAAAUUAUGAUUGGAGUGAUGUCAGGAGGAAUACUAAUUUAUAAGAACAGGGUACGAAUUAACACCUUUCUGUGGUUGAAGAUUGUAAAAAUUUCUUUUAAGUGCAAACAGUUUUUUAUUCAACUUAGGAAAGACUUGCAUGAAUCUAGAGAAAUGUUACUGGGAUUCAAUAUGGUGAAUUACCGAGCAUGUAAGAAUUUGUGGAAAGCUUGUGUUGAGCAUCACACAUUCUUCCGAUUGGACAGACCACUGCCGCCUCAGAAGAACUUUUUUGCACAUUAUUUUACUUUGGGUUCAAAGUUCCGGUACUGUGGGAGGACAGAGGUCCAGUCUGUGCAGUAUGGUAAAGAAAAGGCAAACAAAGACAGGGUAUUUGCCAGAUCCCCAAGUAAACCCUUGGCACGGAAAUUGAUGAGUGGGAUGGACUGGGAGGUAGUGAGUAGGAAUUCAUUGUCUGAUGACAGGUUAGAAACACAGAGCCUACCAUCACGAUCUCCACCUGGAACCCCAAAUCAUCGCAAUUCUGCAUUUACUCAAGAGGGAGCCCGUUUACGACCAUCUUCAGUUGGACAUUUAGUGGACCACAUAGUUCACACCUCACCAAGUGAAGUUUUUGCAAAUCACAGAUCUCCAUCCUCCACCCAAGCUAAUAGCAUCAUUCUGGAAUCGUCACCAUCCCAAGAGACUCCUAUAGAUGGACAACCUCCUGCACUACCACCCAAACAAUCUAAAAAGAACAGUUGGAACCAAAUUCAUUAUUCACACUCCCAGCAAGAACUGGAUAACCAUAUUAAUGAAACAUUUGAUGUUCCCGCAUCGCCUGAAAAAUCCACACCCAAUGGUGGUGUUCCCCAUGACAAUCUUGUUUUGAUCAGAAUGAAACCAGAUGAAAAUGGAAGAUUUGGCUUCAAUGUAAAGGGAGGAUAUGACCAGAAGAUGCCUGUAAUAGUGUCCAGGGUAGCUCCAGGAACACCAGCUGACCUCUGUGUCCCUCGUUUGAAUGAAGGGGACCAGGUUGUAUUGAUAAAUGGCAGGGAUAUAGCGGAACAUACCCAUGAUCAAGUUGUCAUGUUUAUUAAAGAGAGCUGUGAGAGGCACUCAGGGGAACUUGUGCUCCUAGUACGACCCAAUGCUGUCUAUGAUGUGGUGGAAGAGAAGCUGGAGAGUGAGCCUGACUUCCAGUACAUCCCUGAGAAAUCCCUGGAUGGUGUCCAUCAGGAUGAUAAUGCUCUGCGGGAAUCUAUGAUUCAACUAGCAGAGGGGCUUAUCACUGGAACUAUUCUGGCUCAGUUUGAUCAACUGUAUAGGAAGAAGCCUGGAAUGACAAUGUCUUGUGCCAAAUUACCUCAAAAUAUUUCCAAAAAUAGAUACAGAGACAUUUCGCCUUAUGAUGCUACACGGGUCAUUUUGAAGAGUAAUGAUGACUACAUCAAUGCAAAUUAUAUAAAUAUGGAAAUCUCUUCUUCCAGCAUAAUAAACCAGUACAUUGCUUGUCAGGGUCCAUUACCGAACACUUGUCCUGAUUUUUGGCAGAUGACUUGGGAACAAGGUUCAUCUAUGGUUGUAAUGUUGACCACUCAAGUUGAAAGGGGCAGAGUUAAGUGCCAUCAGUACUGGCCAGAGCCUACAGGAAGCUCAUCAUAUGGAAAUUUCCAGAUUACCUGCCAUUCAGAGGAAGGAAAUCCUGCUUAUGUCUUCAGAGAGAUGACACUGACUAACCUUGAGAAAAAUGAAACUCGUCAGCUCACCCAGAUCCAGUAUGUAGCAUGGCCUGAUCAUGGGGUUCCUGAUGAUUCCAGUGACUUCCUAGAUUUUGUGUGUCUCGUACGAAAAAAGAGGGCUGGCAGAGAAGAACCUGUUGUUGUUCAUUGCAGUGCUGGGAUUGGACGGACAGGGGUUCUUAUAACUAUGGAAACAGCUAUGUGUCUUAUUGAGUGCAAUCAGCCUGUUUAUCCAUUAGAUAUUGUGAGAACAAUGAGAGAUCAAAGGGCCAUGAUGAUCCAAACACCUUUUGGGAGAAACCAACUGAUAAGCAAGGUAUCGAGCUUGAAAUACACGAAGAUGUUACGUUUCUUUCGACGAACUCUGGGGCGUCGGUCUAUGCGCAAGCAUGUGGAGAAGGAGCGGCUAAGAGAGGCCCAAAGAGCUGCAACCCACAUCCCUGCGGCUGGAGAUGCAAAAUCCAUCAUCACUUGUCGAGUAUCGUUGCUGGAUGGAACUGAUGUCAGUGUGGACUUACCGAAAAAAGCCAAAGGCCAACAUCUGUUUGAACAGAUCAUGUAUCAUCUGGAUCUCGUUGAAAAUGACUACUUUGGACUCAGGUUCAUGGAUUCCGCACAAGUGGCACAUUGGUUGGACAACACAAAGAGCAUUAAAAAACAAGUCAAAAUUGGUCCACCAUACUGUCUGCAUCUUCGUGUAAAAUUUUACUCCUCUGAGCCUAACAAUCUCCGUGAAGAGUUAACAAGGUAUUUAUUUGUUCUUCAGCUAAAACAGGAUAUUCUCAGUGGAAAGUUGGAAUGCCCGUUUGACACAGCAGUCCAGUUGUCGGCUUAUACCUUACAAGCUGAACUUGGAGAUUAUGAUCCUGCUGAACAUGUUCCUGACCUGGUGUCUGAGUUCAGGUUUAUGCCCACUCAAACCGAAGAGAUGGAACUGGCCAUUUUUGAGAAGUGGAAGGAAUACAGGGGGCAAACGCCAGCCCAAGCUGAAACUAACUAUUUGAACAAAGCUAAGUGGCUGGAAAUGUAUGGGGUGGACAUGCACAUAGUCAAGGCAAGGGACGGCAAUGAUUACAGCCUUGGACUGACCCCGACGGGAGUUCUGGUCUUUGAAGGUGAAACCAAGAUUGGUCUGUUUUUCUGGCCAAAGAUAACCAGACUGGACUUCAAGAAGAACAAAUUAACACUAGUUGUUGUUGAAGACGAUGAGCAGGGGAAGGAGCAGGAGCACACUUUUGUGUUUAGGCUGGAUCACCCCAAAGCCUGCAAACACUUGUGGAAGUGUGCAGUGGAACAUCAUGCUUUCUUCCGCCUCAGGGGACCCGUCCAAAAAGGCUCAAGCCGAUCAAGCUUCAUUCGGCUGGGAUCACGGUUCAGAUACAGUGGGAAAACAGAGUACCAGACAACCAAGACCAACAAAGCUAGAAGAUCAGCAUCCUUUGAAAGGAGGCCCAGCAAGCGAUAUUCAAGGAGAACACUACAAAUGAAAGCAAAUGUUGCUAAACUUGAAGAAACAAGCAUUCCGAACAAUGUCUUACAUCAGAAUAAUGGAUCACAACAAAGCUGGAAUGCAAAGCCGACCCUGCCUGUCAUAAUGACAGUUCCAUCUGGCCCAGUCUUAGUGGAAAUAGAAAACCUUCCUAGGAGCCCUGGAGCCAGCCAGCAAGAUACAAAAUGCAUGCCUCUGAUUGUUGAUUUACUAGACAGCAAGGAGUUGCUGGAGACUUGCAUUGAUGAGCCUAUUGCUAGUUUGACAGCAGGAGUUCCAGAAGAGGCAGAUCUUAGCUUUGUUCCUCCUGGCACAAAGGAGACAGCUGCUGAAAAAAUAGAUCCUGCUGCAUUCGAAGACACGUUGAAACUGAAACAUCUGGAGACAGAACCCAGCCCAAUGCCAGCGCCCCGCUCCAACAUAAACAUCAAUAUCAAUAAACAGGAUGAGGUGGUGAAGUUGACAGAUAAAUGUCUUAAUAAUGCAAUUGAGAGCCCAGUAACAACAUCAGAGCGUCUUCCUGCAGACAUAAAGAGCAACAUCCUGAAGGCCCAGGCCCAGGCAGAGGCAGUGCACAAGAUCACGAGAGAGGAUAGCAUGUCGGACAACAAGAAAACCAAUAUUCACGAUGCCACUGCCAGGGGCAUCCUGAUCUCAGGGAAAGCACAGAGCAGCCUCCUGUCAACCAACCCACUAUUUCAGGAAUCAAGAGACGUGCUGAAAGAAAUCCCUGCCUCAAAUGCCUUCCUUCCUAAUGCAUUAGAAGAGGAUAAUGCCGCCUCUGGCCCUGAAGAAUCACUGGUUCCAGCUAUUCUGGCUCCAGCAGAGGAGACUGCAGUUUUAAAGAGCAGUCCAGAUGACCUUGAUAUUUUGUUAACAUCGCUGACGGAGAAUCUAAUUGACUUUACAGAAACCAUUCCUCGGGUGUCUUCCCAGCCCACAAUUACACCCAGGUGGAUCGUGCCAAGUGGGCAGAUUUCCAAUGGGCCUUUGGGGAAUGAUGUUGUUUUAGCUCUAAAGGCAGUGAAAGGCAGCGCUGAAGCAUUGUCGCUCCCAGCUGGAUCUCCAUCAUCACAGCAGUCAGCUGAAAUCCUUGCAAGCCCCGUCACGGAGGAUCCUGCGAUAAAGCCGAAAUGUUUACUCACCACUGAACUCUGAGAGGAGGGAGCUUCAGUGCUUCCAAUCUGCUGAAAACUCAAACCUUCUAACAUCUUCAAGGAGCCCUUUGGAAGGACCUACCUGGGAUUAAGCUCUUGCUGGAUGUGGCCACAAACGACCAGCUGCUUUGCUGAGAAUCUGGAGGGAAACUUUCAUCAUCAUUGCAGUUUAGCUAGAACUAUAAUAUAAACUAGGAUGUAAAGCUCCAAGGAUGCACGAGCUUCUCCCUCAGGAGAGAUGAAGCACACGCUGGAACUAGUUCUGGGCAUGAAUAACGAAAUCUAGGAGUGUUUCAUCCAUAUUUGACUUAGUCUCUACCUUUUACUGCUUCAUAGAUGGGAAGUGUUCACUCUGAUAUCAGCCCACUAGCUUUGUGAAAAUUUGUGGCCCAGAGCUUCAUAACUUGACACUUGGAGAAAUUAGAAGAACUUCUAGGGCCAGCAGCUGAUUAUGAAUAUAAAUGAUGACUAAUAGCGAUAAUGGUAAUUUUAUACAAUCAAGGCCAUUCUUUUCUGUGUGAACGUCCCUUCUCUGUGUUCCUUUGUACCAACAUGGACAAGCCUUCUUGGCCUUAACCCUCUUUGUAGUCUUUUGCACCUUCUCUUUACAGCACCUGGAAAGAACUGAAAAUCCAGCCCAUGGGUGCCCAUUUACCCCAGUAACUGGAUUUAAGCUGCUCUUCGUAGCCAGAGAAAGGAAGAAUUCUUCUGCCAAACAGCUUAGCAUUCCCAGAGAAAGGUAGGGAGGUCUCACAUUUUGCCCCAGACGUCUUCAUUUCCUAGAAGACUUAACAAAUGCGUUUAGAUGUGUUUUAAGCCAUAGAGGUGCAUCCUAGUUUGGAUGCGAAAGCGAGACCUAAGGAUGAAGGGCGUGAACACAGGGACUCUCCAAAGGCUGGUCUCCGCUGUUAUUUUUUUAGGGCUAGGAGGGACUUUUCACUGUUGAUCUUGGUGUUUCCAGCAGCUGUUAUUUAGGAACACGUGACUAGCUGAUUAGGUGGCACAAGUGUACAAACAGAACAGUUAAUAUCCCGCCUGCAUUCAGUUCCAAACUUCAAUAUCAGGUGUGGAUGGGAAUGAGCGUGGAAAGAGGUCAGCUGGGGACAGAAAGAGGACCACGGGUCAAAUGUCUCCUAAUGGCAAUUCACCCAUUUGGGUAGGUGGAAGGUAGGAGCAUUUGUGCAAGAGUGGUGACCAGACUACACACUGCAGAGUGCUGACCUUCCUGUACUAAUGGCGAACAUGUUCGCUACCACGUACUAAGGAGGAUUAGGAUACAGACAGUAGCCAGCUUGAAGAGACCAUUAGGGCUGCAGGCAAUAGGGUCCCCAGCAGAAACCACACAGAUGAGCCUUCAGAUACUAUGGUGAUGAGUGCUAUCAAAAACUUUAACAAAAGGUCAAAGGAAGGAGAAAAAUGGGAGCCCAAUUGGACAAUAAUUUGAUGUCCUUUAUCAUGACUGCGUCCUAACAGGAAUGCCUGGUUGAAAUAGCAAGGGGGGUAGUUUCUGUGUUUGUGACUGGGGCAGAGGCUGGUCUCUGCGUAGUGUGCUGUAUUUUAUAAAUAUUUACAUGCAGAUAGUUCAUGUUGGCAGAAACACUUUAAAAGAAAAUUCUUAAACUUUUGCCCAUUUUCACUCCUGCUCGCUUAAAAUCUGCACAUUUCUAAAUGUGCAAAAUAAAAACUGGACUAAACCACUGUGGUGAUAGGAGAGAAUGGGUUAGUUUUGGGCUGGUUUUUUCCUCAGCAUAACAAGAGUUUGCUGCUGCUGGAUGUGGCUGCUGUAGUGCUUGUGUCUGCAAGAUGCUACAUAAGUAGCAGUGGGGCUUGGUAGACCAGCCCGUGACUGUGUGUGGAUAGUAGUUCCCAGACACUGCUACAGGAACCAGUGCUAGGGAUUUGUGACUGGUACCACAGGUUUUCCCACACUCUCUAUGCACUGAUUGUGAGAGGAAUUGAGCAGCCCAAGUCCUCACUGACUCCAGCGCUUCUCAUCCUCAAAGUGAACUUCUGUCAUAGGCCAGAUGUGGUGGUUCUGCUCACUCCCCAUUCAACUGUAUCCACUGUAGUAGAGGUCUGGAUUGUUUACUCGUCACGUCCAAGCUUUGUUGCAGGUUAGGAUGGAUAUGGCUUCCUGGCUCAUAUCUUAGUCUGGGUUAGUACAUUUGCCCAAAAAGGUUGCUUCAGCAAUGGGAAGCUACAGGUGCAGGAACAAAGCCAUUACUUGAGAAACUUGGCACUUCCUGUUAACCUGUUUGCUUAGCAGCAUCACCUGCCAGAGGGAUUUGUUGGUUUUGUCAACAGACCGAAGACAGAAUUUUAAUUGAAAACAAGUUUGUUAGUUGAUACAGCAGGUUGAGGUGAACUGUGCACUAGCCGCAGGAGCCUCUUAACAAAAUAAAAUGAUUAAGCAUAGUAUGUGCAGUCCCUCCCCCAGUCCUCUUCCCAGUGACCAUCUGUGUCCAAUACAUUAUACAUGGUGGUGAAAAUAUUGUGCCCUUAAAAUCUAAAUAGUUUAAUGCUGAAUUAAUUAGUGUGAUCUUUUUAAUCCCUUAGAAUAUGGCCAGGAUUUUUCCAAAGUAACUAGUGAUUUUAGAUGCCUGGAUUUUUGGUGCCCAACUUCAGAUAUUUGGGAUGAAAUCUUGGCCCCGUUGACGUCAAUGGCAAACUCCUAAUGAUUUAAGGGGGGGCAAGGAUUUUACCACUAAUUUUCAGAGGGUGAGUGCUCCCCACUCGCUGAAAAUUAGGGCCUUUUAUAUAUCAAGAUGGGCACCCACAAUUGCUAGUCACUCUGGAAAAUUGUAACCUGUAAAUCCUAUUCUGUUCCAAUGAUGAUCUGAUGCUUAUAGUUUUGUUUCACUAAAAUGUUACUUACAAAAUGGCAGGUGUAAGUGCAGUAGCCUGAUUGGCUGUUGAAUCCAUAUUGUAAUAUUACAGAGGACCCAUAUUUACCAAAACAAAAAUACAGGAACCACGACACCUAUAGAGUAUCAAUUAUUGCCUUUCAUCCACUCGGAAGGGGGCAUUUCUUAUCAUUUCCUGUUAUUUACUGGUUGUGUAGAAGGCCCAGCUGGCCUGUAAAAUGUUGCCCAUUGGCAUUUAGUUAUUUUAAUAUGAAUGCUUCAUCUAUAAAAUUCUGCCAUCCAGGUUUUGAAUUUGUUGUUGGGACAUUUGAUGACAUUGUUGAACAGUUACAAAGUACAGCAAAACAACCCUUUUAAAAUUUGAAGAGAGUGAGAAAUAGGCAAUUUGUACCACCCAAUAUGUGGCAUUCAACGAGGGAAAAACCCAGCUCCCAGAACCAAGGAGUUAAUCUCCAUUUGAAUUACGAAACUAUCACCCCACUUUUUACUGAUGCUUAUUCCAGUGUAUAUUAACUAAAUGUUGCAUUUUGCCUCUUCUUCUUUUACUGUGUUGGUGUUUAGUUUCUAGAUAUCAAACAGGGAUUAGUAAAAUACUUUCUUAUGUCUGGAAUUAAAAUGUGACUAUUGUAAACACAUUGCAGAAGGGUGGCUGGACCACGUGACCACCUUGGUUAUGGAAAUGUAAAUAGAAACUAAUUUACCUUAUUAACCUCAUGGAAGUGAUGGCUCUUAAAGCUCCAGCAUUGAUCUCAAGCGAUGAGCCUGACAGCAGCAGGUUGGAGAGUCUAAACUCCGUGAGUAAUAAUUUCCAUUGAAAUGUUUAUGUAAUAAAUUCCAUAGCUACUUACAUCAUAUGUUCAGUUAUGCCAUAUGCAUUGGGCAUCAGAAUUAGCAUGCAGGAUCUUGGAGACCAAAACCACAGGCCUCUUUACCACUUUAACUAAAGGAAUAUGGCUCUGCUAGUAAGAAAGACAGGCAGUAUAAAGCAGUACUUACACAUUAGCCAGUUACAGUACAUACGUAAGUAUGAAUUUCUUCAAAUUGGAGCAUUAGCCUAUGUAGCACAGUAGGACUUUAGUUUGGACUGUUUUCUGAACAAAUAACUCCAGGAAGGAAAAACUUGCUGCUCCAGGAAAAAGACUGGAUAAUAGCCCAGUUCAAAUUUGGGUUUCUUUCCACAAACCUCUUCUUUUCAGUCUUAUUUUCUUUCCCAAUCUCUCCCCUGCCCCACACCUCACUUUUUUGUCUUCAGCACAUUCCUGCCUCUUGCAGGAGAUGCCGUACUAUGCGAUCAUCCUUCCCCUUCACAAGCGGCCUGGGGCUAUGUUGUCAAGUACUAAAAGUGCGCUGCUAGACCUCCUAUAGGUUAGGGCAUUCACCUAGCAGCUGUCUCUCUUGACAGCCCAGCACCUUGUCAUAUGAGAUGUCUUAUCAGAACUUCUUGGAUUAGUAGCAAACUCUGUUAGCACUACACUGUCACACCCAAGGCUUUUCACAAAUAGCUGGACAAUAGUACAUUUUUAUUUUUAAAAAAUCCUUGUCGUUAAUGGCCUUUUAAUGAUACAAGUGUAACCCAGUUUAACACAGAGUAGCAAAGAGCAUGGGUUGCACAAGAAGACUCAUCAGAGGCAUGUUUAAAAAUUCCUAUAACAGAACAGCCAUUUGAAAAUGUGAAAAGCUGGGAGAUACAUUAUGGUCUGCUAAGCUCUGGGAGUUGUUUUCUGGCCCAGAGCAGUCCUCAUUCUACCUGAAUCUUUCACAGGACUUUAGAAAUAGUGCAGGUCCCCUACCCCAAUGCAUUAAAAUGAAAUGACUUUUAUAAGCACACUAGGUUUUUAUGAUUAGAGAGCGAAAUCCAGGCAAUUUGAAGAGUCUGCAUUUGAGACCUGUGAUCUGGAGCACUUGGCAUUAGCAUUUGACACCGGGCAUCAGGAUGUUCCCCUUCAGCUCAAGUGCUGAAGCCCCAUGGAACUGUUCGCGGUAGGGAGCGGGUAUUGCACAAUGUGGGAGGAAGGUAGGAGUCUUCUGUGAUGUUCCCAGCCAUUUUCCUUUCUGGCUGAGCACUUCACUUCUCUGGUUUCCUCCCACACACACACAACUAAUUACACUUAACUGGACAAACUUAUUUCAAAGUAUGUAAGAAUAUUUUUUAGCGAGACAGUUUUGUUAAAUCAUACUAGCUACUGUAUUUUUACGUUUUAUAUGUAAAGCUUGACAAUAGCUCAAUGUAUAAUUUAUUUUUGUUUUUUUAUAAAGUUCACCCUCCUGCUUCACGACGAUAGCCAAUGUAUAAACUGUAUUAGAGGCACUGCACUGAGCUUCAUAUUGAGUCUGUACAUGUGAACAAGAACUGUGAUUUGUAGUCCACUCAGAAUCAAUCGUGAAUUGUUUUUAUUGUAGUUUUCUCUUAAAUAUACCACAUCUGUGCAAAAC